CGCUUCCUGCACCGGAAACACACGAAGAAGAAGGAAGUCAAACACGUGUGUUGCUCUGAGCGCGCGGUGAGCUGAUCGAUCAGGAAUCAAUCAGAAUUCAGCGAGUAUCGAUCAGUAAUUCAAUUCGAUCAGAAAUGACGAAGACGAAGAAGGAGAAGGUUUCUGCGGACGUGGAGGAAGCCACCGAGGGGGGGCCCGAGGGGGGCCCCGAGAGGUCGUACCAGGACCUGGUCUCCAACGUGAACCCGAUCUCUCAGCCGCUGGCCUCCAAGAAGCUCAGCAAGAAACUCUACAAAUGCGUGAAAAAGGCUGCCAAAGUGAAGAACAUCCGCCGAGGAGUGAAAGAAGUCCAGAAGUUCAUCAACAAAGGAGAGAAAGGCAUCGUGGUGUUGGCCGGCGACACGCUGCCCAUCGACGUCUACUGUCACCUGCCGGUAAUGUGCGAGGACCGGAACCUGCCGUACGCCUACAUCCCGUCUAAAGUGGAUCUGGGCUCGUCUGCCGGCUCCAAGAGGCCGACCUGCGUGAUCCUCAUCAAACCCCACCAGGACUACCAGGAGGCCUACGACGAGUGCGCCGAGGAGGUCUCGGGUCUGCCCAAACCGCUGUGAGAGCGCCGCCGGCCGAUCGGCGAGCAGCUCUCAGGAUAAUGAACACUUUAAAGGCUAGCAGUUUCCACCCGCUCCCAGUCUUUGUGCUAAGCUAGGCUAACUCUGUCCUGGACGUCAGUGUUUUUGUUCCCAGCAGAGUUUAAAUAAAGAUUGGGUCAUAUUUCAGUUAACGGGGAGGUCUUUCUGUUGUGCAGGAGACUGAUCAGAUCGAUCGGACUGAUUGAUCGGACUGAUCGGAGGACAGUUGGAGGUUCUCAGUUUAAUAUUUCCUCUUUGAUCAGUUUUCAUUAACAGUUUUGUGAUUUUUGGUUUUUCUUCAGUUGAAUAUUCGUUUGUGUUUUUUAAUUAAAGUAAAAGUGAACAAA